UUAUUUCGCUCUUUUCAACUCGGUUUUCUUUUUGUCUCUUCCAGGCCAACGUACGGUACACCAAAGGUCCUGGAGCGCGCCGGUCUGAGCAUGAGUGACAUCGACGUGUUUGAGUUCCACGAGGCAUUCGCAGGCCAGAUUAUGGCAAAUCUGAAGGCGAUGGACUCAGAUUGGUUCGGCCAGACGUACUUGGGCAGGAAAUCAAAGGUGGGAGCUCCUCCCAUGGAGAAGUUCAACCUGUGGGGGGGCUCUCUGUCUCUGGGCCAUCCGUUUGGAGCCACCGGCUGCCGGCUGGUCACCACCGUGGCCCACCGGCUGCAGAGGGAGGGCGGGCAGUACGGCCUGGUGGCAGCUUGUGCUGCUGGAGGACAGGGUCAUGCCAUGGUGAUCGAGGCCUACCCCCAAUAAAAGCACUUAAAACACCAUCUGUGACCCGAUCUACAGGUUCAACCAGAUACAAUCACACUCACAACAGAGUGUACAUACUAAGCACCGCUUUGCCUUGAGGAGUCGGAUACAGUAUGUGAGUGCGUUUUAGGAAUAUUGUGUAAAUUCAAUUUUGCCUAGAGGCCGUUAAAUUAUAACAGAAUGUUAUCGAGGAAUGUUGCUUAUGAGUUUAUGGACUUGGAGAUGCGUCAUAUCAGCGGUGUCACUGAGUCGAUUGUAACAUAGAAAAAAUAAAAGCACUCAGAGGUACAGUGACCCUAAUGUUUAUAUAGCUGUCAUAUUUUUUUCUUACAAACUGUUGGAAAUAAAGGAUGUUCUGAAACUCAU